CAGCAUGUCACGUAUCCUACAGGACCAUUCCCUUGGAUGAACAAUGACCAGCAUUUUGGAUAGGAAUCAUUCAUCGCGCAUCCUACCAACCCAAAAGGCGUCUUCACAGAUAGAGUUGCGAAACGACAGAAAACGAAACCAGGAUGCCGACGCUGCUCGUCCUACUCAUGGUUAGUUCGGUGUUCACCGCAGACCCAUCUGCUGCAACGGAGGAAUUCGGAAUAGACGAAAAAGCUGUUUCUUAUUCCGGAUUCCAGGUCUGGUCGAUUACAGUUCGUUCUAAUGGAGAACACAAACUUCUAAGACAAAUUAUAGAGCAGUACGAUGUUGAGGUGUGGAAAGAACAAAAAACUGAUAAAGCGGCGAUAACUGAAUUGCUAGUAGCUCCACAAGUUCAGAGGGUACUAAAAGUGAAACUGACGGAAGCAGAUAUCAGCUAUGGAAUCAAGAUCAACGACCUGCAUACUGUCAUCGACAACGGGAAUGAGAAGCACAACAUGAGCUCUCUUAACACAAAAACCGGCCACAGCAUGGACUGGACUAAAUAUCACCGAUUAGCCGACAUCUACGGUUACCUGAAUUACCUAGCAUCCACUUACCCUAGUCGCGUUGAGUUGAUCAACAUUGGUACCUCGUACGAGAAGCGACCGCUCUACGUUGUUCGCAUUUUUAAUCGCUCUUCAUCUGUCGUUAAGCCCGCCGUUUGGAUUGACGGAGGAAUUCACGCAAGGGAAUGGAUUUCCCCGGCUUUGGCUACUUAUAUCAUCCGGCAACUAGUUGAAGUGCCAGCCAACGAGGCUCUUUUGUGCAACGUGGACUGGUUCAUUAUGCCCGUCAUGAAUCCCGAUGGUUAUGAAUAUUCGCAUGCCUUCAAUCGGCUUUGGCGUAAAACUCGUUCUGUGACGAGCUGGACAAGCUGUCGUGGUGUAGAUCCGAAUCGUAACUUUGGUUAUAAGGUGAUGGGGGGUCUGGGAACCAGCACGAACCCAUGCUCGGACGUCUACAAGGGCACUAGAGCCUUCUCAGAGCCGGAGACUUUUGCUACCUCAAAUUUUAUCAAAGGCAAAGCCAGUUCCAUUAAACUUUACUUGACCCUGCACAGCUAUGGCCAGGCUGCUCUGAUUCCUUGGGGUUAUAACGUCGUUUACCCGUCUGAUUAUUCCGAUAUGUUGGAGCUAGCCAAAAGUGCCGUGUCCAAAUUCACUAAAUAUAGAUAUAGGGUUGGUAAUGCAGCCGCUAUUUAUUAUCCUGCUGCAGGUGGUUCGGACGAUUGGGCCAAAUCGAUUGGCAUCAAAUACAGCUACACCUUUGAGCUGUCUGAUACCGGUGCCUACGGCUUCCUUUUACCGGCUUCUAAUAUUUUGCCAGUAUGUCAGGAUUUCUUCCCCGCUUUGGAUGUCUUUGCUGCUAAAGUAGCAACUAUGAAAGUUUGAAAUAAUUAUUUUAAUAUUUUGAUAUCUAAAUCAAACACAAUACGUUAGUGGUGAAUAUUUUCUCCGAUUUAUCCCUGGUUUUCUUGCAUGCGCUUUAGGAAAAACUACGACAUACUUUGAAAAAAGUUUAGCAAUAGUCUAAAGCUACGAUGCUAUGCGACGUAACCAAUUUAUCGCAAAUAUAUGUCGUUAGCUGUCCCUCAUAAAUAAUUCAUGGUCCUAGUGAAAUAAACUGUGCAUUGUUGGAUA